GUCCACCUUCUCUGUUUUCUUCAUGCGCACAAACUGGGGCCAAAUCAGGGCCCUCCCCACACGUGUGCUGCACCUGCACACAUUCCCUCCCUCGAAUACAGAUCUCGGCAUUAAAGAAUGGGUUGGUGUUGCAGAAAGGAAUCAUCCUCUCCUCAUCUCUAAGGCAGUCCGUUCCUGUGGAAAGCGCUCUCUUCCUCGUCUCCUUCCUGCUGUUCUUUGGAUGGACGCUACCCAGUGGCCUCAGGGCAUAGGGCUGAUGAAGCCCAUGGAGGAGUCCGCGUCCUCCAUCACAACCACCGCGGGAGGCAACACAUGCACCACUGCCAGGUCACAGGAGAUGGAGAGGAGGCCAAGGCCGCACAAGGAGCAGGCUCUGGGCUGCCCCCGGUGCAGCUCCACCAACACCAAGUUCUGCUACUACAACAACUACAGCCUCACGCAGCCCCGGUACUUCUGCAAGAGUUGCCGGAGGUAUUGGACCGAUGGCGGAUCCCUCAGGAAUGUCCCGGUGGGUGGUGGCUCAAGAAAGAACAAGAAAUCCUCCCUGAUCUCCUCCACCACCACGAAAUCCUCCUCCUCCUCCUCCUCCUCCUACGCAGCAGCAGCAGCAGCGUUACCUACCGCCUCAACUCUGUUCAUCCCUCCAUCUGCAUCCCUCUCCACCAGCCCCGAAGCUCCAAAGUUUCAUGAGGCCCGGCAGGACCUCCACCAACAUAGCCACCCUGGCAAUACCUUUGCCACUGUCGCUCCUCUCUCUACCAUGGAGCUACUGAAGAGUGAGAUGGAAGCAAGAAACCACCUUGGCCCUUUCAUGCCCGAAUACCCAUCCGGAUUCGGAUUGCAACAACUCAGACCACCUACUCUCACUUUUCCUUUGGAUGGAAUUGCUGGGUACAGGAGCUUGCCCGGAAUCCAGGCGAACGCUAGUGGUAAGCUGCUGUUUCCUUUCGAGGACCUGAGGCCAGUAGUCCCAUCAAUCAAUGUUUCCGAUCAGUUCCAUCAGAACAAGGAACAAGGAAGUGAUCCUCCUGGUUUUUGGCACGGUAUCAUCGGAGGAGGAGGAGGAGGAGGCUCAUGGUAGUGGUAGUAGUGUUCAUGGCACAUCGUGUCCAGCUUUCUUCAUUCACUCCUUUCAACUGGUUUACUUCUCUUAUACAUCCUCAUCACUGUGGAUAUCUGAAGCUUCAUUCCAGCUUGCCUUGACAAGUAGGUCUUUGUUGA